GCGACGUCACCGGGAACUCAAAGUUGCCAUCGAGCGCGUUCGGAGGCGUUUUCGAGUGGUAGUGGAGCUGGAAAGUAGCAUCCCGGUGGAUGGGAGAGAAGCCGGGCGGCGUCCGCACCGAACUCCCGGCUCCCCAAUUGGACUUCAAACAGUGAUCGAAGUCAACGAUCGGGACGCUUUUGACGGGAUACAUCGCUCGAAUGACGAGCGUCGGCCGAGGGAAGACGUCGGACUCCGACCACUUCUUGCGACGGCCGCGUCGUCGCUCGCCUGAUUCCUUGGCCGCUCUUUCUCGAGCUCGGACAGCCGAGGCUUGUUGGUUGUAGUCGUCAUGACGGAAAUCAGCGAGAAGGAGAACGAGCCGCAGCGGCGGGACCUCCAGAGACCGCCGGCCACUACUGCACCCAGCCAGCCGGAGUCCAAGCUGCAGCGUCUGAAGCGUUCGCUGUCCUUCAAGUCCGUGAUGCGCAGCAAGAGCGUGGACAACUUCUUCCAGCGCAACAACGCCGACCCGCGGCCCCCCUGCAUGCUCAUCAUCCCGCCCGCGUCCCCGACUGCGCCGCCGCCAGCCUUGUCCGAGUCGCCCCUGGCCUACGAGCGAUCGGCCUCGCUCUCGCCGGCCGACAGCCUCGACCCGUCGCUGUCGGAGUUGUCGCGCUCGCCCUCCGUCAGUCCCUCGCUGUACCCGAGCGCCACGGUUCAGCCCAAGUCUCCGUCCCCCUCCACGGCGCCGCUCAAGACUCACUGUUUCCACGAGCACGUCUUCCGCAGGCCGAGCAGCUGCGAGCGAUGCAAACACAUGAUCCAAGGCAACUCCAAGCAAGGCCUGCGCUGCAGAGCCUGCAAACUGGCCGCUCACCUGUGGUGCUCGUCGGAGCUGUCCCGGCAGCCCUGCGCUGGCAAGACGGGAGCUUUUAAGCGAAACUUCAGCUCGCCUCUACUAACCACAGAGUCGCUGGGCGUCGUCAGGGAGACUCCUGAUGUGCAGGAGGUGGACCACGCCGCGGUGGACCCCGUGUACGAAGCGCUGCGCUACGGGACGUCGCUGGCGCAGAUGAGUCGCAGCAGCUUCGGCAGCAUCUCCGAGUCGCCCUGUCACCGGGCUGAAAAGCUCCCAGACAAGCUGGAGAAUCAGCCAAUCGUGGAAGAGGAGCCCAUUCCAGGAAUGCUCACCCCUCCUGAAAGCGAGAAGGCAGAUUCUGAAGAACGAGUCAGCCUUAAGACUCCCAGAUGUGCGGAGGUCCACUCCAUGCACACCUACGUGGCUCUCUACAAGUUCCUGCCUCAGGAAAACAACGACUUGGAACUACAGCCUGGUGAUAGAGUCAAAGUCACAGAUGACGCCAACGAGGACUGGUGGAAGGGGAAAAGCCGCAACAAGGUGGGAUAUUUCCCUGCCAACUUUGUGCAGCGGGUGCGCCCGGGGGAGCGGGUGUGGAAGGUCACGGCUGGUUUCCACGGCAACCGAGACAAAGGCCAGAUGACGGUGAAAGAGGCCCAGAUCUGCGUGGGCAAGAACGAGGAGACGGACGGCUUCCUGCGACUGAGCAGCGGCAAGAAGCGGGGCUUGGUGCCGGCGGACGUUUUACUUGAAAUAUGACAUCAGCUACUAAUAAUACUCACAGCCGUUCUAAGUCAUAUAAACUUCUCUCGCUUGACGGCCGCGAAAUGAACAGCUGACGUAGGGAACAACAGCUUUGCUUGUUUUGUUUUCUUUUGAGCUACGUUUCUUGUAGCGCAAAGUGGGGCCUGUCGCGUCAAGGAGCACAAACGGGACGUCCGGCUACCUCACCGCUUCGGAAGCCUACGGGGAGACGUCGUGUCACACGUUCAGUCCUUUGUUCAUCAUUUGCACAUGAUAAUAACUAGCGUUAUCAUUCGCAACUCGGGGGGGGGGGGGGGGGGGGA